CCCUCCGCACUCCACUGCUCCUUGGCUCCUCCGCACUGCUCCUCCGGUCACCCCCAUGGGACAUGGUGACUUCUACCGCUACUGCUCCUCGCCUCCUCCCCUGACUGGCUAGGUCUUCUUCCUCCUUGGAUCCUCCCAUCUCCACUAGUCCCCUACUUCCCUGGCUCCUUGAUAAACUACCAGUGCAAGUGGAUCUGCAGUCUAUAGCAGCAAAUUCGUGGGGGUUGCCAAAUUUGUGGGGGAUCUGUAGCCUAACAGGGUAGCAAUGGGGAGAAACAGAGCAACAACUAUGCAUUCAUUUUUCAAAAGAAAAAGAGAUGACACAUCUGUUGAAGUUGAAGGUCUUUUGCCUCUUGAACCUCUACCAUUGGCAUUGCUUGAACAAGAGUAUCAUACUGAGAAUGAAGAACAACAUCAAACUGAAAAUGAAGAAGCAGAACAGCUGAGUGAAAAUGACGAACGACAAACAAAUGAGCCUAUCAUAUUUCGAGGUGUCGAGUUCUUGCAGAGAGAUCCUGCAUCGCGACCACAAAUUUGGCAAUAUCCACCUAAUGUGAGAGAUGAAGUGCGAAGAGCAUACAUGCAACUAGGUCCUAUGCAGCCAAAACUGAAUGAGUACAAACCUUCUGGAAAACCUGGGCAUCAACGGCGUUUCCAAUUCAGUUGGUUCAAGGAUUUUCCAUCAUGGUUAGAAUAUUCUACUAGCAGCCAUCGUGCUUAUUGUUUUUACUGCUUCCUAGGCAACAAAAACAUCAAGAAACGAAGUGGUUUUGAUGUGUUUUCUGCUCAUGGCUUUGACCAUUGGAAAAAAGUUAAAAAUGGAGAAAGGUGUGCAUUCUUGUCUCAUGUUGGAUGUAGUCCUUGUUCACACCACAACAAUACAGUGAGAGAUUGUCAUGCUAUCUUGGAUCAACCAACCCACAUAGUAAACGUUAUGGAGGUUCAAGACAACAAGGAGAAAGAGAGAGAUACUUUGCGGUUAAGAACAUCAAUUGCAGUUGUGAAGUGGCUCACCUUCCAGUCUUGUGCUUUCAGAGGCCAUGAUGAGACACCCGAGUCAAGAAAUCGAGGGAACUUCAUUGAAUUGAUAAAGCUUCUCGCAGAAUUCAAUCCUGAAAUCGCAGCUGUAGUUUUAGAGAAUUCUCCUAGGUGUAGCAAAUACACAUCCCAUCAAAUUCAACAGGAGAUAUUGAGUAUUUAUGCACUGAAGGUUAGGCAGUAUAUCCGCCAAGAGAUUGGUGAUUCAAAAUUCUCUAUUCUAGUGGAUGAAACAUGUGAUGCUUCUAAAAGAGAGCAAAUGGCAGUAGUGUUCAGAUUCCCCGAUAAAGAAGGUUUGUUACAAGAACGCUUCUUUGAUCUGAUACAUGUAAAGAACACCAAAGCACUAACAUUAAAGGAAGAGUUGUCUGCUUUAUUGUCCAAUAAUGGCUUUGAUGUUCAAAAUUUGCGUGGCCAAGGAUACAAUGGGGCUAGCAACAUGAAGGGUGAGUUCAAUGGAUUACAAGCACUUUUCCUCAAAGAUUGUCCGUAUGCUUAUUAUGUACACUGCUAUGCACAUCGCCUGCAAUUUGCCCUUGUUGCUGCAGCAAGAGAUGUUGUUCCUAUUAGCCAAUUUUUCCAGAAACUUCUCUACAUCAUAAACAUUGUUGACCCAUCGUCAAAGCGACAUGAUGAGCUACAUGAUGCCCAAGUUGUUGAGAUUGCACGUCUACUUGCAAUUGAUCAGAUUGAGACAAGCAAAGGGGGGAAUUAGAUCAAAGCAUUAAAGCGUCCAGGAGACACUCGAUGGGGGUCACACUUGGGUUCUAUAUCUAGCCUUAUGGAUAUGUUCAACGCAAUAAGUUCUACUCUACAAACUAUAGCUUCUGAUGCUUCUGCUGGUACACACCGAGCUGAUGCAGAUACUGCUUACAACUACUUGAUCGAUUUUGAGUUUGUGUUUGGCCUAUGUAUGAUGAGAGAGAUAUUGGAGAUCAGUGAAGAGCUUGGGAAAGCUUUGCAAAAGAAAAGACAGGAUAUAGUGAAUGCUAUUCGUUUAGUUUCAUCCACAAAGGCCCUUCUAGAAAAACUGAUAUCAGAUAAUGGUUGGGAUGAUUUUUUUACUACUGUUGUUGA